UGGCCUCACGCGUCCGGCGCCGAGCGCUCGUGCAGACGAGGCCGGCCGGCCGGCGGUGAUGCCGAUGUCCACGGAAGCCGUAAAACUCGAUUCAAUGUCCUCAAAGUCCCCGUUGAUCUCUCUAUUGCAUCCAUUCCACUUCCUAAGUCCUAACAUCUACGCACUCUAUCCCACUCCUCGCCGGCCGGCCAUGGCGACGAUGCCGAUGCCCACUCCCCGAUCUAUUCUCCUGCUCCUCCUCCUCGCCACCUCCUUCUUCGUCCUCCUCCCCAACCCCUCCUCCGCCUCUGUCUCCCACCCGGACCUCAUCCUGCCCAAGGCGGUCAACGACAACGAGGCCCACGUGGUCGUCCUCACCGCCGCCAACUUCUCCUCCUUCCUCGCCGUCCGCCGCCACGUCGUGGUCGACUUCUACGCGCCCUGGUGCUACUGGUCCCGCAAGCUCGCCCCGGAGUACGCGGCGGCGGCGGCGCACCUGGCCGACAAGGGGCUCGACGUCGCACUCGCCAAGGUCGACGCCACCCAGGACCGUGACCUCGCGCGCGUGCACGGCGUCGACGGAUACCCCACCGUCCUCUUCUUCGUGGACGGCAUGCCCAGGCACUUCCCCUACUACGGCGAGAGGACCAAGGACGCCAUGGUCUCUUGGAUCGACGAGGUGCAGAACGUCACCACCAUCGACGAGGUCAAGAAGAUCAUCAACGGCCACGGCAUGCCUUUCUCGACUCCCUCUCAGAGAUGAUGGAGAGGAUCAGUAGAAGGAUGAAGAUGGUGUAGGCCAUGGAGGCACGAGCCCACGUUUUGGCAAGGUUUAGGAUUUGCUGAUCUAGAAAGGAGAGCGGUCAAGAAGAGAGCAUUCAUAAUUAUGGAAGAACCUUGUGGUUUGCCAAAAGACUUGAAGAGAUAAAACUAUCAGGUGUGGUUUUGUCACCAAAAAGAAAUAUGAAGUCCUCAUUCAUGCUUUCAAAGGUUUAUGUAGUACAACGAUAGAGCAUACAUGAUUGAAACAUCGUGGAUACCCUUUUUUCACUUUCUUUUCCUUUAUUUUGAGAUAGAUGUUAUUUUAUUUCACUUCCUGUAAUGUAUGUAUGGAUGCUGGUAUUUCAUUGUGAACUGAAAAAGCAUCUAAGGGUUAUAUCUUCUACUCCCUCCAUACCACAAUAUAAGUUUGUUUUUCAGGCUAUGUGGGAGUGGAACGGGGGGAGUAUCUUUCAAACAGUCAAACUACCGUACAUAUCCAUGAAAAAUGUUGGUGACCUCUA